AGAAAUAUAAUGACUUUCACGAACUAACCCACGUGAUCCCGCUCGGACCUGAUCAUAGCCUAUAAAUCUUGGUGCCUGCAGUUCGACAUCAGUUUGGUUUGCAUCUCUUUAGCAAUUGAAGAUUGACCUGUAAGAAGUGCAUUUGUGAGGUCAGGCACUGAUGUUGGAUGAGAAGGCCUGGCUUGCAGUCUCUACUCUAAUUUAUCUCAGAGGUGUUCUAUCAGGUUGAGACUGCAGAGGCGGAGAUCAUCAUGUGCAUCCCAAUGCCUGGGCCUAUUUGUUUGGUGGAAAAUGUCAAUGGUUCACUGCAUGUAAGUGAUGCAGCCAUAGAGUAUCUGUCCAGGAAUAACCAGCCUGUGGUGGUGGUGUCUGUGGUAGGACUCUAUCGCACAGGAAAGUCUUACCUCAUGAAUCGACUGGCAGGAAAACAAACUGGCUUUGCUCUGGGCAGCACCAUUGAGUCCAAAACUAAAGGUAUUUGGAUGUGGUGUGUGCCACAUCCCAGUAGAACAGGACAUACUCUGGUGCUGCUGGACACUGAGGGACUUGGGGAUGUUGACAAGGGAGACUCUAAAAAUGAUGCCUGGAUCUUCUGUCUGGCUGUUCUUCUGAGCAGCACUCUGGUCUACAACAGCCGUGGAACCAUCGACAACACAGCAGUGGAAAAACUACACUAUGUCACUGAGCUUGCAGAGCAGAUUAAGAUCAAAUCACCUGCAUCCAAAGCAGCUGAGGCUGAGGAGGAGGAGGAGGAAGACACUCAGUUUGUGCAGUUUUUUCCUAACUUUAUCUGGACUGUGCGUGAUUUUUCAUUACAGCUGGUGCUUGAGAAUAAGGGUCAAGUGACCGAGGAUGAGUACCUGGAUUUUGCCCUGCAGCUGAAGAAAGGUUUUAGUAAGAAGGACACCAACUAUAACCUUCCAAGGCAGUGUAUCCGGAAAUAUUUUCCAACCCGCAAGUGCUUUGUUUUCCCGUUUCCUGCCUCCCAGGAGAAAAUGGUUAUGAUUGAGAGCCUGGAUGAGAGUGAAAUUUUCCCCAAAUUUCUGGAUGUUACACAGCAUUUCUGUGACUAUGUCUUUGCUAAAAGCAGAGCAAAAACAGUUAAAGGAGGAUAUAAAGUCACAGGGAGGAUGUUUGGUCACCUAGUGCAGACGUAUGUGCAGACGAUCUCUAGUGGAAAAGUCCCUUGUCUGGAGAAUGCUGUGGUUGCUAUGGCAAUGAUUGAAAAUGAGGCAGCUGUGCAGGAGGGGUUUAAGCUAUAUGAGAGUGAGAUGGAACAGGUGAAGAGAACAUUUCCUGCCAGUUUUAAUGAAAUUUCUGCUGAACACCAGAGGAUCAGCAACAUGGCCUGCAGUGAGUUUAUGAAACGUUCCUUUAAAGAUGAAAAAGGGGAAUACUUCAAGAAACUGAUGGAGGAAAUAGAUAAGCACUAUGCUGAGCUAACUGUUCAGAACAUGGAGGCAUCAGAAGAGAAGUGCCACCAAAUUCUGACUGAUCUGUAUGAGGAGGUGAAUGUGUGUGUACGGCAGGGGGAGUAUGCAAAGCCUGGAGGAUAUGAGCUCUAUUGCAGACAUAGAGACAAGAUCAUUGUUGAGUACCACAGCAAGCCCAACAAGGGAAACCAGGCUGAGGCUUUGUUGGAGAGCUUUCUGAAGGGGAAAAGUGCAGAGGCAAAUUUAAUUCUCCAGACUGGUGAACAACUGACUGAAAGUGAGAAACAGAUUCGAAAGGAAAAAGAACAAGCAGCUCUCUUAGAGCAGCAGUUUAAUGUAGAAAAGGAAAAACAGAUGGAGAUGGAGAAACUAACACAGGAGGAAAAAGUGAACCAUCAGCAACGGGUACAGCAGAUGGAGAAGAAGUUUGAGGAGGAGAAGAAUCAGCAACAGGAGGAGAUGAGAAGAGCAGUGGAGUGCAAACUAGCUGAACAGAAAGAACUCAUACAGAAAGGGUUUGAUGAGAAAGCCCGGCUGCUGGGCCAGGAGAUUGAACAACUUAAAAAAGAAAAGGAAAAGGAAAAAGAAUCUGGUGGCGUUUUUAAGGAUUAUGUCAUGCCACUUGUUGACACUGCCAAAGAUGUGUUUUCCACAUUUCUUCAGUAUAAACUCAUGAGUAAACUCAAAAUACCAUUUUAAUGCCAGAGAAAAAAGUGUUUAAAUGAGUGAAAUAUUAUUUGAUAUAUAUUAAAAACCAGCUUAAGAAACCUGAUAACUCCUAAGUUUUUGUGUGAAGUAAUAUAUUUCAGUGUGGAACUUGUAAAGGUGAAAUCCAGUGUAACUGCAAUGUGACAUUCACUUCUGACAUAAAAUCAGCAUGUACUUCAGAUUAUACCUGCAGAUUGUUUUUCACUGAAGAAUCUAAGCAAUGUAAGUACUGAAAUUAAGCUUUUGCAUAUUGUCCAUAAGUCAUAAAUGAAAAGCAGUGAUAUUUGUGCAUUGCAUCUUGUGUUAUUUCAAUGCUUUUCUAUCAUAACUGUACUUAACUAUAAAUCUCAAUGUCAUGUGGUGCACUGUUAAAACUGAUAUUGAACUUUAAAUGAUUAUUAUACCACAAGGCUGUUGAAAGCUUGAUUCUAAUUAAAUAGACUGUGUUGAUAUUGUUGAAUAAUAAUAAAAUAUG